AUGUUGAUACUUUCCAUAGGUUUAAUCAACCACACAUCAAACAAAAGUUUGUACACCAUAUCACCAAAUAAAGGGAAAAGAUACGAACCUUUUACCACGACGAGUCUUGAUAGCUUCAAAUUCCAUGUUGUCAGGUUUUUACACAGAUUGAUUUAUGGAACACAAAGAUACCAGGAAUUAUUCCCACCAAUCCAAAAGAUUAAGGAUAUCAAUAAUGUUAAGCAACAAAGAAUAUUCCCCGUGAAUUGUGCCGCAGAUGAUUUGGAUUUGGGAUUUGGUGAAUCUGAUCAAAUUGAGCUUUUUAACCACUCCUCCAAAGAUGCUUAUGGUCACCACAACUUAAUUCAAUUAAUUGACUUUUUCGACUCACCACAAGCACAUAGUUCAUCUCCAGCAGAUGAGUUUUUCAAGAGCAACAAAAUCUCCGAACAAAUCGAUAUAUUUGAUAUGAUUGGCAGACAGCCACCACCAUUACAUCACCAACAAUUAAAUAUUGAAACACCAUAUUUUGAAGACUUUGCUACACCACUUGUUUUACCGCAACAUGAAGUUUCUUCAGAUGAUGUCGAGUCUUACUUCUCACGGUCUGUUUCGACAGUUUCAUCUAUCGAACCAUUAGAUGACGAGUUUGUACCACCACCACAUCCACCAAGAGCUCACCCAUCAAGAAAAAGAAAACACGAAUCAAUUUCACCACCAAUACCAACUUCUUCAUCAUCAUCAUCCACAGCACAACUUAUACCAUCAUGCAGUUCUUCUGUAGCUUCAAGCAGUGAUUUGUCUGUAUCUCCAACCACCAAGAGAAAAUAUACCAAGAGAAGAUAUACCAAGAAAAAACAACCAGUGUUUCCAAAUCAAGAUGAACCUAUAGUUAUUACCACUACUACUAAAACAAACAAUAUUGAUGUUAAAAAAGUCACGACGACAAAAAACGGGACAAUCGAGAAUAGAUUUGACUGUCCAUCUUGUGAUGCCUCUUUCAAAGUUAAGGGAUACCUCACGAGACAUUUAAAAAAGCAUUCUACAAACAAAGCAUUCGAAUGUCCAUUUUUCGAUAAUCAUGGUGUUUAUGGCAGUAAAUGCCAUCCAACAGGUGGAUUCAGUCGAAGGGAUACUUUUAAGGUUCAUUUGAGGGCACUUCAUUUUAUUUAUCCUGCUGGUGUAAAGGCAAACCAGAGAAGCAGUUUUAGUGGACGAUGUGCUGGUUGUUUCCAAUUCUUUGAUAGCAACUCUGAAUGGUUGGAAAACCAUAUUGAAGCCGGUAAGUGUACAGGCACUGUGACAUAUAAACAGAAUGUAAGUAAUCUAUUGCUAGAUUAA